AUGGCGCUCCAAAAACUUCUCCAAAAUAAUACCAUACAAACAUCUAGAUGCCCAAGGCAUUUAAACAUUAAAAAUUGGGAGACUGGAACAAUCCUUCAAGAUGCAUUGCACCAUCAGGCCAAAGAGGUUCUUAACUGUCAGAGCAAAGUUUGCCAGGGAUCUCUCAUGAAUCCAAAAGGGUUAAUUCGAGGUCCCCGAAAUGAACCCAUCCCCAGAGACAAGUUACUACUCCAAGCAACUGAGUUUAUCCAUCUUUUCUACAACACACUUCAAAAGGCAGAAACGGAAGAGCACACAACACGGCUGGAAGCAGUGGCUCAAGAGAUAGAAAGAACAGGGACUUAUCAACUCACCAAAGAAGAGCUUAUCUUUGCCACAAAGCAAGCCUGGAGAAAUGCUCCUCGGUGCAUCGGGAGAAUCCAGUGGUCCAAUCUACAGGUGUUUGAUGCUCGUAGUUGCACUAAUGCUAAAGAAAUGUUUGAACAUCUUUGUCGCCAUUUGGAGUAUGCUACAAACGGAGGGAACAUAAGGUCCACCAUCACUGUCUUCCCCCACCGGACUGAUGGAAAGCACGAUUUCCGAAUAUGGAAUAAUCAACUCAUCAGGUAUGCUGGCUACCAGAUGCCAGAUGGAUCCAUUGUGGGAGAUCCAGCCAACGUGGAGUUUACACAGAAUAUAUUCUCACCCAUUUCCUCUUUCAUUCCAGGUGACUACUGGACUCCUUACAAAAAGUUUCCAGCAUGUACACUGGCACAAGCUUUGAUGCAUUUCCUUGAUGUAACCUCUCCUCCUUCCCAGCAGUUGCUAAGAUCUUUUUCCCAGCUGGCAAAAGAUGAAAAUGAGAAGGAAAGGCUGAAUCUCUUGUGUCAUAAUUUGGAGGAAUACAACAAGUGGAAAUUUUACAACAGCCCUACUAUCUUGGAAGUCCUGGAGGAAUUCUCAUCCAUCAGGAUCUCAACAUCCUUUUUACUCUCUCAGCUGCCUUUACUCAAGCCCAGAUAUUACUCGAUCAGUUCUUCGCAGGAUUGGGAGCCCCAGGGAUUACAUUUGACUGUGGCAGUGGUGACCUAUAGAUCUAGAAAUGGAAAAGGUCCAGUGCACCAUGGGGUUUGCAGUACUUGGCUGAACACGAUGGACCUGAAAAAAACAAUGCCCUGUUUUAUUCGCAGUGCUGAUGGAUUUCGACUUCCAAAGGAUCCAAGGAAACCCUGUAUCCUGAUUGGUCCCGGCACAGGAAUUGCUCCUUUUAGAAGCUUCUGGCAACAACGACUUUUUGACUUAGAAAAUAAAGGGAUCCAAGGGAGGGGUCUGAUCCUGCUGUUCGGCUGCCGACACUCCAACCUGGACCACCUCUAUCGAGAAGAAAUGGCGGAGAUGCAUCAGAAAGGGAUUCUCCAAGCAGUCUACACAGCUUACUCCAGGGAGCCUGGGAGUCCCAAAAGGCAGAAACGCUACAAGGAGGACAUAUUUGGAGCAACGUUUCCAAAGGAGAACCAAAGAAACAUGGAAGAAAUAAAAACUGAAAGACCCACAGAAGUCUUGGAAUCUCAAGCCCAGCUAAAACUUUAG